UGAUCUGGAGGAAUGCGUGAGAAAUUGACAAGAAACAAACAAGAACAAUUUUGUUGUUGCUAUUGAAAGUGCGUAUUGAUUUUUUAGUUGUAAAAACUAAAAUUCGUGAAAGAAAACAAAAUAAACGGAAAACAUUAGAAAGAACUCAAAAGAAAAUAGUGCAAAAACAGCUUAAACAUGUUUAUAAAAACAAUUAUUACAGAAUUUCCAUGAAAAUUCCAAACAAAAGUAAUAAAAUAGUUUAUUACGUUUUCAAUUUUAAUUACAAGUGAAUGAAAAAAAUAAAGCAGUUUUUUUCCACCCAAAAACUAGAAUGUUGAUCAAUGACCCACAUAAUUUAAGGAAAAUUAUUUGUUGGACUUGACCUAAUUUAUGGGAAAUAAAAUUAUUAUCUUAAUUAAAAGAAAUCAAGAUAUUGUAAAAACUGCAUUAAAUCCUAGUUAGUCAAGCCAAUAAAGAAUAUUACAUCCAGUUGCAAUGGGAGGUUCUGUUAGCCAAAUAUUUCGUUCGGGCUCUGCCUUGUUAUCACAUCGUGAUGGCCACAAGGUUUCAAAGGCGACCGAAGAAAAAAUUAAGACUUUAUUUGAAAUUCUGCGAGCUAAUCCCAAAAUCUCCAUACAACCAUUAGAAAGUUUAUUAUUGGAAAUUCCAAAGAAUGAAAAUAUUUUGGUCAUACACGAUGAUUGUGGCUUUAAUAUUCUGCAACGCAGUGUGGGUCUUAAUCACAUCGAAUUAACAAAAUGGCUAUUGCAACGUCAUCGUCCUGACCUGAAUCGUAGUCCAUGUUCGCUGCCCUUGCAUAUCGCCUGCCUUAAGGGCCACGAGUCAUGUGUUGAAUUGUUGCUCAAAUAUGGUGCUCGCAUAGAGUGUGAUGCUCGCAUGUGCUUCCCCGGUUGCCAUAGUCCCAAUUGUGAACUUUUUCAAUACAAUACCAGCCAUUAUGAAGAUGUCGAAUAUCGCGACCGUUUCGAUAAUUCCAAACUACAAAAUGCCAUUUGUUAUGCCAUCGAUGGUGACCAGAUAAAUGUACUUAAUAUAUUGGUUCAGAAAUUGGAUGAUCCGUGGAUACCCUUUAGAUCAAAAAAGCCUGUAUUUCAUUUAUUGCAUAUGGCUUGUGAGCGUGGUGCCUGGAAUUGUGUGCAACAAUUGGUGGUAACUCGAUCUGACGAAAUAAAUCUCAUUAAAGAUGAAUACUAUCCUAUACAUCACGCCAUUUUACAUGAACUACGUUUCUUAGAGCUGCUGAUACACCAUGGAGCUGUAACUACUGUGCGAACAUGUACACAACAAUUUACUCUAUUGCACAUGGUCAUAUUUAUUGCCCGAAAGUCUGCUGAAGAUACUCUUAGUAUUCUAAGACUUUUAUUGGAACGUGGCUGCAAAGCGCUUAUAAAUGAACCCGAUGUUUUGGGAAACACUCCGCUACAUUCUCUAAUAGUACGUUAUGCCUUAGAGGAGGCCAGAUAUGGUUAUGAUAAAUGGAGUAAAUGGGAUGUUUUACAUUUGGUACGUUUUCUUUUGCAACAUGGUGCUAAAAAUUCCAUUAAUCAGGCAGGCAAUAGCGCUCUAGCUUGUGUUUUUCGUCACAUCCGCGAUAUGGAAGUUUGUUUUGAACUUUUAAGUAUGUUAAUUAAGGAAGAUGGUGAUCCAAACAUUGUGGGUCGUGACGGUUCAGUACCUAUUAUGGUUUUAUUGAUACCGUUAAUUAAUACAGAUACUUUACAGCAUUAUACUCAUUCAAUGAAGGUUUGUUUCGUUAAUUGCAUUCGCAUCUUAUUACAACACGGUGCCAAUCCAAAUUGUUCAUAUCAUCACAAUUUGACACCAUUGCAAGUUUUAGUAUUUACUGUUAGUGAAAAUUUUACCUUGAGCUGUGACACCUUAAGACGCACAAAUUUCGAUUUUAUUAAAAAUAUUUUACUCCUGCUACUGCAACAUGGUCUGGACUGCAAUCAAACAUAUCAAAACAUUCUUCAGGCUGUCAUGGACAUGGUACGCAAUGUACGAGAUUGCAAUGAUAUGCUGCGCAUACACGAACUCACUCUAACGCUCAUACAAUACGGCGCAGAUCCGAAUAUAGUAUUAAGUAGUAAGACCACUGGCGGUGCCAUAUAUUCUAAUGAAAUUGCCCGAUUUGGUGAUGCGUUGGGCUUGACGGGGUCUUCGGGCGACACUGCAAAUGGUGGUGGCAGCGGGUCCGUUGGUGUAGGAGGUGUCGGCGGAGUAGGGGGAGGAGGAGGGGUUGGUGUCGUAGAAUCGGUUGGAGUCACACGUCAAUCUUUGAGUGAUACAACAUUUCGCAAUUCAUUUCGUACAAAUUCUCGCUAUUUAUUAUUUUACUACAUUGUGUUGAUCACAAAAAAAGAAUUUAUACUCAAUGAUCCCGAUUUGAAUUUCACUCGUAUUAUACAUUUAUUUUAUGCCACCAUGCAACACGACGCACUUUACAAUUGCCUCAAAUCGUUGCACAAUUUCUAUGUGGCCCAAGUGCCCAGCAAAAAGACCGAACAAUUAAUAGCUGUCAUUUCAUCAUUGUAUCGUAAACCUCGCAGUCUAAAACAAUUAUCCCGUCUUGCCAUCUAUGAAUCUUUAAAUAGGAAAUUAGCACAAAAUAUAAAUAAACUCAAAUUACCCGGUCUACUGAAAGACUAUGUGUUGAAUUUUGAAAAGUAACUUUGUGAGUAGUA